AUGGUCCACUUCCUCCUCCUCCUCCUCCUCCUCCUCCUCCUCCUCCUCCUCCUCCUCCUCCUCCUCCUCCUCCUCCUCCUCCUCCUCCUCCUCCUCCUCCUCCUCCUCCUCCUCCUCCUCCUCCUCCUCCUCCUCCUCCUCCUCCUCCUCCAAUGGAUCUUUCCUCUUGCUCGUCUCCUCCUCACCCUGCAAAAGGUAUGCCUCAGCUUCACCAUGGAUGGACAGACCUACUUCCAACCCAACCUCCUGCACGCCCUCGCUGCUGGCGUUCCUGUAGUUGUGCUGGGAGCUCCUCCCCUCGGCCUCCACAUCCUCCCCUCUCGUGCUUCCUGCGAGGACUGUCCCGAUGACGGCCCGCGAUGUGGAUGGCCGCACAUGUCGGCGAUGGAGUGCGAGGAGCUGGGAUGCUGCUGGAGAGCGAGGAUGGUUAGGGGAAGUGGUCCUCCUCAGCCGCUGAGAGCCGCACAGUGUAGGCAGCCAUGUGCAGUGGAGUACCCGAGCGGCAGCGGGGUGGUCGUGAUCCCUCGAGACAAGACGUUUGCCGACUCUUCAUCGAGUGGGGAGGAAGCACUGAGGUUAUCAGGCUCAGCUUGA